AUGAGCACAUCCCCCGACCCGUCAUUGGCGCAGAUGUGCGAGGCGGCCCAGCAGCAGGACGAGGCCCAGCGUCUCAUGCCGGAAGAGGAGAACCACGCACCGCAGGCAGAAGAAGGCGCAUCGGAGCAGAGCAGCCAAGAAGAAGAGGCGAGCAGCACCAGCAGCGACGAGGAUGAAGAGGCUGAAGAAGCGGAAGACGGCGUGGAGGACGACGAAGACGCAACCUUCCAAUUUGCCACGGAUGAGGAAGCGGAGGCGCAGCGCCAGGUCGGCCUCGCCGCGUACAACGAAGGCCGCUACGAGGAUGCGCUCGAUGUGCAGUACCGCGUGGUGCGUCACUUCUCCAACAAGUAUGGCUCCACUUCCGCCAAGUGCGGCAAGUACUUUCUCGACUACGGUCUCUCGCAGCUGCGUCUGCUACAAGGACAGACCACCGUGGACGACAUCCUGCAGCCCCGUGACGAGGACGCGCUCAUGACGUGCUACGUGAACCUGGAGGUGGCACGUGUGUGCUUCCAAAAGUUGGAGGACGAGGUCGGCGAAGAGGACGUCGAAGUGGAGUUGGCGCUUGCCGAGGUGCACAAUGCGCUCGCGCAGCUCUCCGUGGAGAAGGAGGAUUACGAUGCGGCGCUGCGCGAGUACGAGGCGGAGCUGUUGCAGUACCGCUGCCUGCAAGACGCCGCCCCGGAGGAGGAGAAGCUCACCGUCGUCCCUGCCGGGCGUGUGAUCGGCGUCCUGUACGGCAUCGCCGACUGCUUCUUGAAGGAGAGCGACUUUGAAGGGGCCGAGGAGCGGCUGCGGGCCACGCUGGAUGAGAUAAAGCUGUACCCGGGCGGCACCAUCGCCGCUAGCCUUGUUGCCGAGCUGGAGGACUUGCUGGCCGACGCGGUUGAAAUGAAGGGCGGCAAGUUCCAGGAAAUCCAGAACGCCAUCAAGCAGCAGUUUGCUGCCGAGGCAGAGCAGAUACCUACCCCGCAAGAGUUCUUCUCAGUUGACAAGGACGGCAAGCACCCCUUCCUCUCCGCCGUCCCGGGUGGUGCCGGGGACGAGGUGGCAGAGAACUCAUACCUGUCCAUGCCCAUGUCCGCGAAUGGGCAGGCCCUUGCCACGAAUGAGCACAGCAAUAGUCUCUCCGUCUCUCUUUUCCCGCCGCAAGGCAGCCGCAGCGGCACCCCGACUGGCCCGUUGCAGCACGCUACGGUGCGCAAGAAGCAGAAGCGCACUGGCGACGAUUCCCUCUCAAACGCGCAGCCGGAGAACAAGAGGGUGCGUGCAGAAUCGGCGUCUGCAUAG